UCACACAACAUGUCACAGCUCCAGUUUGGGCCUCGGUGCUGAUCAGUGAGCCAAAGGGUGGCUUCUAUGCUGGAGGCUUGGAGGUUUGAAGGGCUGCCACCGGGGAGACUUCUCAGCUCUACACCCCAGAGAGGUGGAGGCAUCAUCAGGUAGGAGGCGGCAGAACACGGGGGUCUGAGCGGAAAGCAGGAGAGGAGUAGGAGGAAGAGUUGUGUGUCGUAGGCAGGCCGAUGGCAGGCCGGUAGAGCAGCCUGAUGGUUUAAACUCCUGCUGAGAGAGGAUAAUGGCAGUUCUGGGCCCACUCUCCUCUUCUCUUACCUACAUCUUCCACGGAGAAGCUGGAAAGUGCUAGCCGAUGCUACAAAGAGCCCACCAAGAGGAUGGAGUGAACAGCGUCACCCUUUCCCACCACGCCGGGAGACCCCAGACACCCCUGUGAGGGGCCAAGUUUUGUUGUUCACCUCGUUUCUCCUUCUUCGCCAAACCAGCUGAAAACAAGCAGUGGCGUUGCUUGAUUUGUGUGGGAGUUUUCUCCCUCAUCCUGCUACUCUCUCCUCCUCCUCACCCCUGGCCUCACCAGCCUCCAAACUCAGCUCCAUGGGUUGGUACUAGCAUCAACCUGUCCUUCUUUUUCCUCCCUUCGUUUUAUGUUUCUUUUCUUUUUCUUUUUGUCGAGGCUUCAGGGGAAUUGCCAAGACCUGUUUCAUGCAUGUCCACUGGCGGCAGGUUCAACUUUGACGAUGGGGGGUCAUAUUGCGGAGGGUGGGAGGAGGGCAAGGCGCACGGCCAUGGGAUCUGCACAGGACCCAAGGGCCAGGGCGAGUACUGUGGAUCCUGGGCCCAUGGCUUCGAGCUGCUGGGCGUCUACACUUGGCCCAGCGGGAACACCUACCAGGGCACCUGGGCUCAGGGCAAGAGACAUGGCGUGGGCGUUGAGAAUAAAGGACGCUGGGUGUACAAGGGCGAGUGGACGCAUGGCUUUAAGGGACGCUAUGGCCUGCGGGAGAGCACGGGGACGAGUGGGAAGUACGAGGGGACGUGGAACAACGGGCUGCAGGACGGAUACGGAACAGAGACGUACUCAGAUGGAGGAACAUUUCAGGGCCAGUGGGUUGGCGGGAUGCGGCAUGGCUAUGGAGUUCGUCAAAGUGUCCCGUAUGGAAUGGCGGCCGUCAUCCGCUCCCCACUCCGUACCUCUAUAAACUCUCUACGCUCUGGUUCAGAGCACAGCAAUGGUACAGCUCUGCUGGACCGGACCGGGACGGUGGUUCCUGGUCCUCCUCCUGUUCCUGGCACUCUGACCACCAGCGUCUCCAUGUGCAGCACGGGCAGCAGCGGCAGCAGCCCCGCCGUGUCUCGUGGAGGUUUUGUGCUGACGGCACACAGCGAGGCUGAGCUGCUGAAGGGGAAGAGAAAAGGGGGGCUUUUCCGGAGGUCCAUCCUGUCUGGCCUCAAGCUGCGGAAGUCUGAGUCCAGGAGCUCUCUGGCCUCCCAGAGGUCUAAGCAGAGCUCGUUCAGGAGUGAGGCUGGGAUGAGUACGGUGUCCUCUGCUGCAUCUGAUAUCAACUCUACUAUCAGUCUCGGAGAUGCAGACACAGAGUUGGCCGCCGCUGACGACGAUGUGGAUGCCACAGCAACAGAGACCUACUGCGGGGAGUGGAAGAACGACAAGCGGACAGGAUUUGGUGUGAGUCGGCGGUCCGAUGGGCUGCAGUACGAGGGGGAGUGGCUUAGCAACAAACGCCACGGCUAUGGCUGCACCACAUUUCCUGAUGGCACAAAAGAGGAAGGGAAGUACAAACAGAACAUCCUGGUGAGCGGCAAAAGGAAGAACCUGAUCCCCCUCCGCGCCAGUAAAAUCAGAGAGAAGGUGGACCGAGCCGUGGAGGGAGCCCAGAAGGCAGCCGACAUCGCCCGGCAGAAGGCUGAGAUCGCUCUGUCCAGGACGGCUCAUGCACAGGGUAAAGCAGAGGCAGCAGUAGGAGCAGCUCAGAAAGCCCAGGAGGAGAGUCGCAUGGCGAGGGUCACUGCCAAGCAGUUCUCCCCUUCCUUCCAGCACCCAGGAAAUGGCAUGGAGGUGCAGCGUCCCAAACGACAAGUGUCCAGCGAGGUGGAGGGUGAGGGGCUGUCGAGUAGCGCCGGCACCGCCGACAGCCCCGACCUCUAUGUAAAGAGUGCGGGGUCUGACGACCCUUCUAACGACGCCGCCACCCCUGACCUCAGUCCCCCUUCCUCCUCACCACCCCACACCCCACCUCCCCUGCCCCCAUCCCAGCGCAGCAAGAGCGCCCGCUUUCACCGACAGACUGCCGUGGACCACGGGGAUAGGGGGAAGGACGGAGGAGAAAAGAGUGAGAAAGGUGGGGGAGCAGGGCAGACCGAGAUCCAGGCGUUGAUGGAGGGAGGAAGCAGGGGAGGUGAAGGCGGAGGAGCAGGGAAGGGGGAGUACCCACGGGCCAACAGCUGGAGCGAGGACAAGAGGAGAGGCAUGUUGUCAAAAGGAGGAGGUGGAGUCAGUGGACGAGGAACGAGCCGGACCAAUGGACACAAACACAGCUCCUCCAAUCACAAGUCCCGGGAGCAUGGAUCAUCCAAUCACAGACAGGCCAGAGGGGACAGGUGGACAGAGUCGUCCUCGUCUGCCUCUUGGACGUCUGGGCAUAGGGGCGUACAUGGCAGGGGAGGUCGGCUGCUGGAGCAGGAUGAGGAAAAAAUUAGCAAUUAUGAGAUGGAGAUGAAGCCUUUACAGCCCAGAGACUCCACUACCCACAAGCCCCAUGGGCACGGGGAGGAGAGGCAUGGGCACAUUCAAGCUCACGGAGAGGGGCGCUCACACACCGUGCAACGACAGAGGCAUAAGAACCGUGAUGGGAGGGAGGGGAGGGAAGGAAGGGAGGGCAAAGAGGGGAGGGAGGGGGGUAAAGACUUAGUGCACAAGCUGGACAGACCAGGGGAAAAGAUGGAUUCACGGCCUCUACGUCGGGACCUCACACUCUCCCCACCUCUGAAGUCCUCCCCCAUCACACCGGAGCAGCAGGACCACAACCUCAUGCAGAGCAAAGGCAACUCGGCCUACAGCUCUAUCCUGGUUGUCAUGGUGAUUCUGCUCAACAUUGGAGUGGCUAUUUUGUUUAUCCACUUUUUUAUUUAAAGACAGCACUGCUUUCAGAGUCAGCCUAUCUAUGCUACAACAACUAUAAAUUCAUAUGAGUAUUACAAUGAAUCUGCUGCCCUUUCGUGUUCCUGGCGAGAGGACUGCAACUGGCUGAAGGAAGACUAGGACCAAGGAGGGCUCCGUCAUCAUUUGGGCUAAAGGUGGCUAACCUGGGCUAACCUCAGCUUACCUUGGUCCAGUCUUCGUGAAAGAGUGCGUAGCCCAAAGGAGUGGAUGAAAGAAGGGUAAAGCAGUCCAGGUAACUGGACUAUAGGAAAAUAAUAUAGUCCAGAAACUGGACUUAAGGGAGCUUCUUUAGUUCACAAAGAAACUUAAAUGGACUGAACUGGUCUGAUCCCCAGGCCACGCGAGCUGCAGCUGGCAUUACAGCUAGAAGACUGCUUCCACUGUCUGCAGACAGGACUGACGAGACUUUUUCAUCUUCAAAUCAUAGUUUUCAACAAAUUUGUAACUUAUAAUUUAUUUAUUAACAUUUUCUCUCAUGUACAAUAUGUUGAUGGAUAUAUUCUUUAUUUUGUUACCCUCCACCCCUCUUUAUAUAACUCCUGCCUUUUGGUUCCUCUGCCUGCCCAGGUGUUGUUACUGAUGGUUCAAGCUGUGUGUUCAUGUGUGUGUGAGUCUAUGUAAGACUCAGGAGCUGACGAGUGUGUGCUGCCUGGAUACAUGGUUAAUGGCUCCCUGUCCACACACACAUACACACACACACACACACACACACACACACACACACACACACACACACACACGCACUCUUUGCUUUUACCCCAUCCCUCUCAUUCAUCCCGCUAUGAGGUCUGUCUCCUCUCAUUCUUCAUCUCAUGCUGGGAGUGAGAAAGUUUGUGUGUGUCAACAAAUGAGUGCAUGCGUAUUUGCAUCUCUGCAUACUGUAUAUACAGUAUGUUUGCAGUGUACAUGUGUGUAAAUGGGUUUUUGUGCGGAAUGUGAGCGUGUUUGCAUCUGUAUCAAGCUGCCUUGUCUUUUCCAGGAUUGUGUGUGUAUGUAUGUGCAUCUGUGCGUGGUCUCCAAGUAGCUCAGUGGCCUUUCACGCUGUUCAUGAACUUUACAAGAGCAUCUCAUGAGGACACAGUCACUGCUCAUCCACAUCUAGCCUACUAGCAUCAGCUGACAGCUGCGCUCUCUCCGUCUCUCCCUCCUACUCUCUCCCACCUCCACACACACCAGUCAGAGGAUGGAGCUUCCUCUGAGUUGGUGGUAGUUCAAGACAGACCGUCCUUGGCAAAGCCCUGCGCCUACUGUACUGCUAGCAGAGGUAUUUAGAGGCAGUACUGCAUAAAUCGAAGCAAAGCCUGUAUGUCCGACACCGGAAAUAUGGCUUUAAAGACAAUAUCAUAUUGAUAAAUCAGUGUCUCCCACUGCUUGUCUCCAAACUUAACCUAAAGGCAAGAUCUUUUAUACUAUAAUUGCAAGAUGUCUGAAAAAAAUACUAGUCGCCACCUGCCUUGCUUUUGUAGCGCAAAUUGAUAAAAGUACAACAAUGCAUGCAUAUGUACUGUAAUAUCUUAGUUGUGCGUUGAAUCUGAAAGCAAAAAAAGCUUCAGAAGCACUCGCGACAUGUUAAGUUUUGAUAUGAGCAGUGUCUGGAGAGAAGCCUAUUUAUCAUGAAGAUGGGAUAAAACAGCAGUCAGCAUUUAUUUUACGGACUGUUAUUGAUUUUUUCUGGAUUAAAUGAAACCAAUUGAA